AUGACAGAAGUUGUCUGGAUACCUAAGCCAACGGCACAGACAACGGGUCAAGCUAUCGAAGUGGACGAAGCCGUUGUGGAGCAAGGCAUACCUCGCCCCAUCGCUUGGGGAACAUACAAGUCAGACCCCAAUAAGCACUUCUAUCUAGCCGAGUUCAUGGAGAUGACCGCAGAUCUCCCCAACAUCCGAGCAUUUUCUGCUAUGCUAGCCAAGCUCCAUCACGACAGCAUGACGGAGCCGAAAGCGCCCAAGGAGUUCGGAUACAAGGUUAUGACACACGAAGGCAGCAUGUACCAGGACGUAAGGUGGAGAAAGACAUGGGAAGAGCUGUACAGCCGGCGCUUCCAGUCGUUCGUCGACCAAGAAUUAGCAUCGCAGGGCCCGAGCGAAGAGAUAGAGAAGCUGGUGCUUGGUCUCAAAGAGAAGGUCAUUCCACGACUGCUUCGGCCUCUGGACACGCAUGGUCGCAAACUGAGACCGGUUGCGCUUCACGGCGACAUUUGGUGUGGUAAUAUAGGUACCAAUGCGGUUACCGGUGAGCCCGUGUACUUUGACCCAGCAGUCUUCUGGGGUCAUAACGAGUGUAAGUGA